GAUUUCCUGAUCGUAUCUAUACCAUGGUAUACCAUUUUGUUAAGGUGAAAGGAGUUCGCAGAGUUUUUUGGUUAGUUUGAAUUUUAUUCAAGAUACAAGUUACGCUGACUUUUUCUACGUGAAUUCAAUUAAAUUAACCACCAUGUACGAGGAUUAUAAUGAGUAUGAUACAUACGACGAUUAUGGGUCAGCAGAUGUUCAUAACGAUCAAUAUGAUAGAUUGAGCUAUCGUCAGGUACCAGAAGUUGUAAGAAAUUUUCUGGUAUUUUUACGAAAUUGCAUAAAUGAAGGAAUGAUUUUUGAUAUACAAAAUUUAUACGAAACUUCAUUUCCAAAAAUUUCGGAACAGCUAUUCGAUAAAUCUUCCUGGCCGGAUGCUCAAACGAUUGCGCACAUAGUUGAUAAUGAUCCAGUAUUCCUUACUUUGUAUAAAGAACUGUAUUACCGUCACAUUUAUGCUCGAAUGCAAGGACCAACAUUGGAGCAACGUAUUGGUUCUUUUUAUAAUUAUUGUGACCUGUUUAAUUACAUUUUACAUCCAAAUACACCUGUACAACUAGAAUUACCUGAUCAGUGGUUGUGGGAACUUAUCGAUGAAUUUGUCUACCAAUUUCAAUCUUUUGCACAAUAUCGUGCCAUCUUAUCGAAUAAAACGCCAGAAGAAAUUGAAAAUUUGAAUGCUCAUAAUAAAAUAUGGGAUGUACUUUGUGUUUUAAAUGUUUUACAUUAUUUGGUAGAUAAAUCAAAAAUUAAGAGUCAAUUAGAAGUAUAUGCAAGUGGUGGAGAUCCAGAUUCUGUAGCUGGCGUAUUUGGAAGACAUUCUUUAUAUAAAAUGUUGGGAUAUUUUUCUCUUGUAGGAUUAUUACGUUUACAUUCCCUUUUGGGAGAUUAUUAUCAAGCUAUUAAGGUAUUAGAAAAUGUGGAACUUUAUAAAAAAAGUGCAUAUUCUCAUGUUCCUGGCUGCCAAAUAUCAACAGCAUAUUAUGUUGGUUUUGCUUAUAUGAUGAUGCGUAGAUAUGCAGAUGCAAUCAGAACAUUUUCUGGUAUUCUAUUAUAUAUUCAGAGAACGAAGCAAUUAUUUGCAACAAGAAGCUUUCAAAAUGAUCAAAUCAAUAAGCAGACUGAACAAAUGUAUCAUUUAUUAGCAAUUUGUCUUGUUCUUCAUCCACAAUGUAUAGACGAAGGAUUGCAACAAGCAUUACGAGAUAAAAAUUAUCAUGAAAAAAUGUAUAAAAUGCAAUAUGGAGAUCUUGGUGAAUUUGAAUCGUGCUUUUUAUUUGCAUGCCCAAAAUUUUUAUCUCUUACACCACCAAACCCUGACAAUCCAAAUGAGGAUUAUGUUCGAGAAGCAAUCAAGCAUCAAACGCAAGUCUUUAUGGAUGAAGUUGUACAACAGAAAAUGUUACCAACAAUUCGUUCAUAUUUAAAAUUGUAUACUACUUUACCAUUAAGCAAGCUAGCUACCUUUAUGUGUAGCAAUACCAGGCCUGAUGAAAGUUGGGAUUUGGAUAAAGAAGUCAGUGCAUUAACUAUUCAUUUAUUGUGUUUUAAGCAUAAGAUGAAAAAUAUUGUCUGGACAAAAGGUGCGUCGGGUUUAGAUGGUAAAUUUCAAUCUGGUUCCGAGUUGGAUUUUUAUAUCGAUCAUGAUAUGAUUCAUAUUGCGGAUACAAAGGUGGCACAUCGUUACGGUGAUUUCUUUAUUCGAAAAAUUUUGAAGUUCGAGGAAUUGAAUCGUAAAUUACAUCAUAUUAAAAUUUAAUUAUCAUUUUAUAAUACAUGAAGGAAAAUAAAAACAUUGAUUGAUGAAA